AUGAAGAAAGUAAGAGGUUUCAGACUUGGGAAAAAGUUAGUGAGAGUUUUCAGCUGGUUUAUUAACCAGAAAACAAAAGGAGGAGUAGGAUACAAGCGGGUGAAGUCACAGGGAUGUGCCAGCAGAGCCAUUUCGAAGCUGAGUAAGUGUCUACGCUUACUAAAACACGGAGUAACAAGUCUCUGUUUUGCCAAACCCAAUUCGGGUUUUUUCCGGGUCGGGCAAGAACAGAUAGAGUCGAAGAAAGUGAGUGUACCGAAGGGACACUUGGUUGUGUACGUUGGAGAGAAGGGAGAUGAUACGUGUAGAGUUGUGGUGCCAGUGAUAUACUUUAAUCACCCGUUGUUUGCUGAGUUGUUGAGGGAGGCAGAGAUGGUUUAUGGGUAUGAUCAUUCGGGUGGGAUCCAAAUCCCUUGCCGGAUAUCUGAAUUUGAGAACGUUCAAUCAAGAAUCGCCGCCACGGGUGGUGGUGGAAAAUGUCGUGGAGAGCGGAGCUGGAGACUCAAGUACUGA